GCUCUUUGAAAUCAUCCAGGUCGAGGACGAGGGCUUCGUCACGUGCCCUUCGUGUAAGGAGAAGGUCUGCUUCAAAUGCCAAGAGAGGCACGAAGGAUCCAGCUGCGCAGCAUACUGGCAGUGGCGGAAGGAGAACGACACGUCGGACAAGGCAUUUCAAGAGCUGAUGCCGCCCAGAGGCUGGCGAAAUUGCCCCGUGUGCCAGGCCCCGUGCUCUCGGGCAAGUGGCUGCAACUACAUGACCUGUGGUUCCAUGGCCUGCCGCAAUGCAGGAGGAACGAACUUCUGCUAUGUUUGCGGAGAAAAGCUGAUGCUGGCCACUGAGCACUUUACCCACUUUCCUGACGGGAUGUUCAGCGACUACUGCCUGAACAAGCGCAAGGACCCCAACGAGAAACAGUACGAUGUUUUCCUGGACCUUUAUCGCAAGGGCUUCUGGGGGCUCCUGCAUGUCCGAAGCAACAAGCAUGCUCGCAUGCACGGUUCCAGUCCCAACGAGACCCGCGGGUGUGGGUCAGAGGCUUUGGCGAAACCCAAUCCGACGGCGCAGUGGUGGAAGCCUAGCCGAACAGGCCUCCGCUCCUGGAACACCUGGCUGGUGCGAAAGCUCGUCCUGAGACCGGUGCGGGCUUUCGGCGAGCGUGAGCUUGAGAGUGACAGCGCUGGUCCCAGGAUAGGUCGCAUGAGCGAAAGUCAAGUUCCUCUGUUUUUUCUUGUGCAAAACCGAAUGCGUGAACAGCGUGAACGGUUUACCUUGGAUGCUCGGUCGCGUUGA